GGGUCAUAAUUUGAAGUUUACUCCACUAUCAAGCUCCGACUGAUACCACACCAAUGGAGAAUCAAACAUACCUUUUCGAUCCGACUGCAAAUAUGGGCGGGAGUGAAAAAGUAGUAGCAGGAGAAUUUAGUUCGAGUUUAUGGCUAGCACCAAAUCCAAGCAAGAGAUGGGGGGAACUGUUCUUCCUUCUUUACACACCCUUUUGGCUCACGCUUUGUCUCGGUAUUGUCGUUCCUUACAAGCUCUACGAGGAUUUCAAGGAGUUGGAGUAUUUGCUUCUAGGGCUUAUUUCUGUGCUUCCUGCUUUUCUUAUACCAAUAUUUGUGGUUGGAAAGGCAGAUCGUAGUCUCAACUGGAAAGAUAGGUAUUGGGUGAAGGCAAGCUUAUGGAUAAUUAUCUUUAGCUAUGUUGGGAAUUACUUUUGGACCCAUUAUUUUUUCACAGUCCUUGGUGCCUCCUACACCUUUCCAUCAUGGAAGAUGAACAAUGUACCCCACACGACCUUUCUCUUAACAAAUGUUUGUUUUUUGUUUUACCACGUGACAUCAAAUUUAACACUCCGUAGACUACAACAUGCUAUUGCUCACUUGCCAAUGAAAACACAGUGGAUUAUUAAAUCUGCAUGGAUUCUAGCUCUUUCUUACUUUAUUGCAUACCUAGAGACUGUGGCUAUUUCAAAUUUCCCUUACUAUACAUUUGUGGACCGAACAUUAAUGUACAAAGUUGGUUCCUUGUUUUAUGCGAUCUACUUUCUCGUAAGCUUUCCAAUGUUUCUAAGGAUUGAUGAGAAAGUGGGAGAUCCAUGGGACCUACCACGGGUGGCUGUUGAUGCGUUAGGGGCGGCUAUGCUUGUUACAAUAAUACUUGACUUGUGGCGACUUUUUUUGGGGCCGAUUGUUCCUAUUUUGGACACCAAACAAUGUGCUCAGCCUGGCUUGCCUUGGUUCCCUGGACACACUGAACUCUAAUUUGAUUUUUUUUUUGGUAAUUUAGAUGCUUUGUAAUGUGGUUGGGAACAAUGUUAACUGUUGUUUUGAAGUUGUCAUUGUUAGAAAUUUGGGGCUGAAAUCCGGGGU